UCGAAAAAAAAGCGGCAUUUUGGUUUUUAUUCGUUUUUUUUCUCCAAAAAUAACAAAAACGAUUAAAUCCAUAGCUGAAACGACGAUGGCUCAAGCAUCAUCAACGGAAAACAAUCAAUUGGAAAAGCUUGUGGAAUCGAUUAAAAAACAAAAAUUUGAUCGUAAUAUUGUGGCCAAUCUAUCCUGUUAUUAUCAUGAUCGAUUAAUUGUUUGGAAUGAAGAUGAUCAAUGUCUAUAUGAAUGUUCAUUAGAUGAUCGUUAUAAUAUUACAGAUAUUCAGAUCGUUACAUUGUCAUCAUUGCCAACAUUUACUGUCAAUUGGAUAUGUUCAAAUCCAAUGGAAAAUUAUAUGGCCAUUUAUGGUACCGGUGGUUGUAUGAUUGUUGAAUUGCCAAAAAAUUGGUCUUUGUCUCGUUGUAGAACAGUAGCACCAAAAACAAUAAUGUCUACAGCCGCCACAUCGAUUACCGUUGAUUCGGACCAACAACAACAACGACACCGACAAGAGACUUCCAAAUUAUUGAUCAGAUCAUUUUCAUUGGCCGAAAGAAUGUUUCUAACGAAUCGUAAUUUAAAAUUACAAUGUUUACGAUGGCAUCCAAUAUCUAAAAGACAUUUAAUUAUAUUAACCAAUGAUAAUCGUCUUAGAUUAUUCGAUGUUUUCAAUGAAUUUGAACCGAUUAAAACUGUUGAUCUUGGUAAUGAUUAUAAUUCUGGCGUUUAUUCUGGUGCAUUAGGUGAAAAUGCUGUUUCAUUUGAUUUUGGUCCAUCACUAUCACAAUACCAUGACUAUAAUAAUAGCCUAUCGAUGACAAUGACAGAAUUGAUUGAUAUUUAUUCGAUAUUUGUACUAAAAGAAAAUGGUGAUGUUUUAUUACUAUAUCUAAAUCUUAAAGAUUUAUCCACAUUUCAUUGUCAACAUCCACCAUUGAAAAUGCGUCCAGCUGCUGAAGAUAAUUAUGGUUCAGAAGCAUGUUCUAUACUUUGUUUGGAUUGUGUACCACCUAUUAUCAUUAUUGGUACUUGUUCCGGUCUUUUAUAUCAUUGUUUAGCGAUUGAAAAUGAUCCCGUUAAUCCUGAUAAUAAUGAUGAUGAUGAUGAUAACUGUGAUAAUGAUUCCUCAUACCAAAUAUCAACAUCUAAAUCGAUGAUUAUCAUACCGGAAACAGUAUUGAAUGUAUUUGAAACGAUUGAAUUAUCAUUUCCAUUGGCAACAUAUCAAACAAUGGAUAAUGGUCUUGAUGAUGCUGGUGUAGAUUCAAUUAGUACAGCAUUGAAUUUGAUAGCCGAUCCAAAAGAUGGUCAACGAUAUUAUUGUCAACAUUCAUAUGGUGUUCAUUGUGUGAUGGUACCAUUUUUCAAACAAAUAGUCAAUCCAACUAUUAACAAUGAAUUUUAUGAUGAUAAAGCUAUUGUCGAAUAUUUGAUAUGUACACGGCCAACUAUUGAUGAUCGAAAAUCGCAACAACAAUCAAAAGAUUGUCCGACUUUUCCACUUGGCAUAGGCUUAACCAUUAAAUAUGGUUUCACAUCUAUUACCGUCAUAUUGAAUACGGGUGAAUUGAUUAAUAAACGUCUAUCGAAUAUUGUAUUAACCGAUUUUGAUGACGAUGAUCAAAUUGAAUUUGGCUUUCAAAGUAAUUUGAAUGAAUCAUCACCAACAAUUGAACAUCAGCAACAGGCGAAGAAACCAAAUUUUUCUGAACACAUACAACGAUUAUUGUCUAAAACGACUAGUUUGCCGUUGAUAAAAUCAUCAAAAACCGAUUCAAAAGUCGGUAUGGCUGAAUUGGAAAUGUUACUGAAUUCAAUUGAUGUAUUACGUAUUGAAUAUCUGGAUAAAUAUCUGGUGGCAGCAAAAGCUAUUAAUAAACGUAAAACAGUAUUGGCCGAAAUAGGUCGAAUCGUUUCGCCAAAAAUUUCUAAUGAAAAAUAUGAUACUGGUCAAUUUUUUUUACAUCGAGUAUUCGGUUAUCGUGGUGUUACAUUGUUUCCAUGGACAGCUAAAGUUUAUGACCGUGAUCAUAGGAAAAAACAACCUAGUCAAAUAACCCACAAUGAACGAAAUGAAUUUAAAAUGAAUGGCGUUACGCCUAAACCACAUACCUAUUAUCAGGUUUUAAUUGAUCAACGUGAUUGUCCGUAUGUGAAAGCCCAAACAGAAGCUGUUACAUUUCUAGGUAAUCAUGAUAAUACCAGAGCUUUGUAUGCAAUACCAGGAUUGGAUUAUGUCGCCCACGAUGAUGUUAUCCCAUAUAUGAGUACUGAAUCAACAUUGAUUCAACAUCAAUUGUUUGAAAAAUUUCUUACUUUUGAACCUGAUAAAGAUCCACCAUUUGCGCCUAAAGAAACACUGUUAGCAUGGCAAGAGAAAAAUCAUCCAUGGCUUGAAUUAUCUGAUGUUCAUCGUGAAACAACCGAAAAUAUUCGUGUUACAGUCAUACCAUUCUAUAUGGGUUGUCGAUUAUCACAGAAUAACAAUGUCUAUUGGUGGCGUUAUUGUGUUCGAAUUGAAAACCUCGGUGAUAUAACCGUACAACUUCGUGAAAGACAUUGGCAAAUAUAUAGUAUACCAGGAAUAUUGGAAUCAAUUCGUGGUCGUGGGGUUGUUGGUGAAGAACCAGUGUUGUCGAAAAAAUUUCCUGCUUUUCAAUAUAGUAGUCAUGUUAGCUUACAGGAUCCAAGUGGGCAUAUGUGGGGAAUCUUUAAAAUGGAACGUGAAGAUGGUACAAUGUUUGAUUGUAAAAUACCAGCAUUUGCAUUGGAAAGUAAACAUCAUAAUGACAAUACAACACAUCCAAAUCAUCAUCAUCCCGGCCCUAUUAAUUUAAAUCAACAUAAAAAGCAUCCAUCAAAUGCCUCAAGCAAUAAUGAUGUAACCAAUAAUGAUCCAAAACAUACAAAUUCAUCAUCGUCAUCAUCAUCAUCGAAUAAUCAUCAUCAUCAAGAUGAUGAUAAAUAAAAUUAAUCGAUAUGAAAUGGACAAUCCACACAAUGGAAUCUUAUUGGAAAUUAUGAUCGGAUAUUUCGUAAUCGAUCAUCAAGAAUUUUAUUUGUUGAUCGUCAUCGGUUAUUAAUUUGUUGAUAUUUUUAUUUUCUUGUAUAUAGAGAUUACCCGAUUAUUCUUGUAUUUUUUUUUUUUUGUUCAUAAGAAAGUAAAAAGAUAGAAAAAAGAAAUACAAAAUCACGAAGGUACGAAAUAAAA